AUGUGGAAUUAUAUGAAGAGUCUUGUUGGUGGUGACAGCAAUUUGCAAGUCGAAGAGAAUGGUGACAACAAAGGACAAACACCAGACGACCAAGAACAAAGAAAAGGUUUAUUCAAACAAUUGUCAUCCUAUGUUGGUAAGGAUAUCACUUCUAUGAUCUCACUUCCAGUAUGGAUCUUCGAGCCAGUUUCUUUCCUUCAGGUCAUGUCUGAGCCACUCCAAUACAGUGCUCUCUUGGACAAAGCUGUCGCAUCAACCAGCCCAUACCACCGUCUUGCCUAUCUCGCUGCAUUCAACUGUGGUCUCUAUUCAACUGCCAUCAGAACCAAGAAACCAUUCAAUCCAAUUUUAGGUGAAACUUUUGAAGUUGUACAAGAUGGAGACAAUGGAUUCAAGUUCAUUGCUGAGCAAGUCAGCCAUCAUCCACCCAUUGGUGUCUCUGAGACUACCACCUCUGAGUACACUCUCCAAUUGGAGACAGAGUUAAAGUCAAAGUUCUAUGGUAACUCAUCGGAAGUCGAGAUUGCUGGUACCAAUCACUUUAUCCUUAACAAGACUGGUGAGCACUACACCUGGGGACAUUUAGUCACAUCGUGUCACAACAUUAUCAUUGGUUACAUGUGGUUGGAUCACUACGGAGAUCUCGUCAUCGAGAACCACACCACCGGUGACAAGUGUGUCCUCAAGUUUGCCAAGUCCGGUUGGUUAGGUGCCGGUCGUUACACUGUCUCUGGUGAGAUCAUGGACAGCGAAGAGCAAGUCAGAUACAGAUUGGUUGGAAAGUGGAACGAAAACCUCGUUCUCUACGAAGUCAUGUCCAACGGUCAAAACUCACCAAAUGGUACCACCAUCUGGGAGGCCUCAAAGGAGCAGAUCACCAGCAAAUUCAACUUCCCCAAGUGGUUGGAAGACAACGUCAUCGCUUUGACACCAGAGUAUGAAAAGAUUUUACCAGCAACCGACAGCAGAAUGAGAACUGACAGAAGAGCUUUGGAAGCCGGUGAUUUGGAUACUGCAGGCAAACAAAAACACAUUUUGGAAGAGAAGCAGAGAGAAGACAAGAAGGCAAGAGUCGCCGCCAACCAAGAGUAUGAAACUAAAUAUUUCAACAAGGUUGACGAUGCCGAUCACAAAUACAGAUGGAAGUUUAACGGAAAAUACUGGGAGGAAAGAGAAGAGAGAAUCAAAGCUGCCUCAUCGAAUUUAAAUUUAAAAAUAUAG